CCGAAGGUCAGCGAGUUUGGCUCCCUCUGGCCCACUGCUAGGUCUAACCGGGUGCAGCCAACAUGUCCACCCACUUCAGCACCCAGGUCUUCAGCUCGCGCUCCGCCACGUUCCCGGGGCGCGGUGCCCAGGUGCGCCUGAGCUCGGUGCGCCCGGGUGGCUCCCGCGGCAAUAGCCUCUACAGCUUGGGCACCUUGCGGCCGCGCGUGGCCGUGCACUCCGCCUACGGGGGUCCGGUGAGUCCCGGUAUCCAACAGGUCACCGUCAAUCAGAGUCUGCUGACCCCGCUGCAGUUGCACAUUGACCCCUCCAUCCAGCAGGCACGCCAGGAGGAGCGUGAGCAGAUCAAGACCCUUAACGACAAGUUCGCCUCCUUCAUCGACAAGGUGCGGUUUCUGGAGCAGCAGAACAAGCUGUUGGAGACCAAGUGGGCUCUGCUGCAGGAGCAGAAGUCGGUCAAGAGCAGCCGCCUCCCAGGCAUCUUUGAAGCCCAUAUUGGUGGCCUGCGGAAACAGCUUGAGGCCUUGCAGAUGGAUGGCGGCCGCUUGGAGGUGGAGCUUCGGAACACACAGGGUGUGGUGGAAGACUUCAAGAAUAAGUAUGAAGAGGAAAUCAACCGGCGCAUGGCUGCUGAGAAUGAGUUUGUGUUGCUGAAAAAGGAUGUGGAUGCUGCCUACAUGAACAAGGUGGAGUUGGAGGCCAAGGCGAAUGACCUGAAUGAGGAGCUCAACUUCCUCAGGAGCCUCUAUGAGACGGAGUUGUCAGAGCUGCAGGCCCAGAUCUCCGACACAUCUGUGGUGCUGUCCAUGGACAACAGCCGCUCCCUGGACCUGGACGGCAUCAUCGCCGAGGUCAAGGCCCAGUACGAGGACAUCGCCAACCGCAGCCGGGCUGAGGCUGAGUCCUGGUACCAGACCAAGUUCGAGACCCUCCAGGCCCAGGCUGGGAAGCAUGGGGAUGACCUCCGGAAUACCCGGAAUGAGAUUGCGGAGAUGAACCGGGCCAUCCAGAGGCUGCAGGCUGAGACUGACAACAUCAAGAACCAGCGUGCCAAGUUGGAGGCUGCCAUUGCUGAGGCUGAGGACCGCGGGGAGCUAGCACUCAAGGAUGCACGUGCCAAGCAGGAGGAGCUGGAGGCUGCCCUGCAGCAGGCCAGGCAGGACAUGGCCCAACAGCUCCGGGAGUACCAGGAGCUCAUGAAUGUCAAGCUGGCCCUGGACAUUGAGAUUGCCACCUACCGCAAGCUGCUGGAGGGCGAGGAGAGCAGGUUGAACGGAGAUGGAGUGGGAACCCUGAACAUCUCUGUGGUGAAUACCACUGGUGGCGGCGGCAGUGCCCUGACCUACGGGGGAACCAGCGGUGGCAGUGGCCUGGCCUUCGGGGGAACCAUGGGCAGCAAUGCCCUGAGAUUCUCGAGUGGAGCCAACAAGGCCUAUUCCAUGAGGACCACAUCUGCCACUCACGGGAGUGUCUUCAACUGAGCCCCACGUAUGGGGAGACCCACAUCCCCUCCCCUACAGUCACAAGAAGAUUCCCAUCCUGGUUCCCUCCAUGGUCCCAAAGCUGCAAAGCAAUCUGAAAAAAUGAUGUCAGAAUAGCUUCCAAUAAAUGGUCUCUUUCUGAGGCCUGGGUGAGCCCAUGGCCAGCA